AGGGCUGCUGAGAUUGGCGGAGGCGGUCAUGUGGGCGGUCACGUGCUGCGGCGAGCUCCGUCCAAAAGAAAAUGGGGUUUGGUGUAAAUCUGGGGGUGUAAUGUUAUCAUAUAUCACGCUACCUCGUAAAACCGACACUGAAAGCUGCCGGACAACAAAUCACAGGUCAAAAUUAUGAGUUCUUCGUAUUAUGUGAAUGCGCUUUUUAGCAAAUAUACGGCGGGGGCUUCUCUGUUCCAAAAUGCCGAGCCGACUUCUUGCUCCUUUGCGCCCAACUCGCAGAGAAGCGGCUACGGGGCGGGCGCCGGCGCCUUCGCUUCCACGGUACCGGGCUUGUACAAUGUCAACAGCCCCCUCUAUCAGAGCCCCUUCGCGUCCGGGUACGGCCUGGGUGCCGACGCCUACGGCAACCUGCCCUGCGCCUCCUACGACCAAAACAUCCCCGGGCUCUGCGGUGACCUCGCCAAAGGCGCUUGCGACAAGGCGGACGAAGGCGCGCUGCACGGCCCGGCCGAGGCCAAUUUCCGCAUCUACCCCUGGAUGCGGUCUUCAGGGCCCGACAGGAAGCGGGGCCGCCAGACCUAUACGCGCUACCAGACGCUGGAGCUGGAGAAGGAGUUCCACUUCAACCGCUACCUGACGCGGCGCCGCCGCAUCGAGAUCGCCCACGCGCUCUGCCUCACCGAGCGCCAGAUCAAGAUCUGGUUCCAGAACCGCCGCAUGAAAUGGAAGAAAGAGCAUAAAGAUGAGGGUCCGGCCACCGCAGCCCCCGAGGGCGCCGUGCCCGCCGCUGCCGCCGCCACCGCCGCUGCCGCCGCAGCCACCGACAAGGCCGACGAUGAGGACGAAGACGAAGAAGAUGACGACGAAGAGGAGGAGGAAUGAGGGGCCAAGUCGGGGCCCUGGCUGCACCAGACAGUCGGGAAAAGCGUCUUUAGAGACUCAUUGAUUUUAUUUACAAAAGUGGAAAAAAUAAAAAGAAAAC